AUGUCCCAGCAGGAAAAAACAACUGAAUCAUCACUGAGGGUUGCUUGGAUUUUAGGAAGACACAAAAAACCAUUUUCAGAUGCAGAGAUUGUUAAAGAAUGUAUGGUUGAAGUUGUAGAGGCCAUGUUUGAAGGUAAACAGAAAGAAGAAUUUCAAGGAAAAAUCAAACAAAUUCCCUUGUCUGAUUCCACGGCAGCACGCCGAACUGAAAUAUUUUCAGAAGAUCUGCUCUCCCAGCUUGAGGUGAAAAUGAAAAAGGCAGAUUGCAUUUCAUUAGCUGUGGAUGAAUCAUGUGAUGCAACUGAUAAUGCCCAGCUCAUGGUAUUUGCUAGAUUUUAUGACGACACACAAAAAGAUUUUUGUGAAGAUCUACUUGGCAUGACUGCCCUCCAUGCUCAUAGAAGAGGUGAAGAUCUUUAUGGAGCAAUUACAGAAAUGCUGAAGAAAAGGGACAUUAACUUGAAUUCAGUUAUUUCAGUUGUAACGGAUGGAGCUCCUGCUAUGGUAGGAAAAGAGAAAGGGUUGGUGCCACGCUUGAAAGUGCUCAAUCCUAGUUUGAUUUCUUACCAUUGUAUAAUACACCAGUCUAUCUUGUGUGCUAACCUUGGAGAAAAAUAUGCAAAUGUUAUGAAGCUGAUAAAUUUUCUCCGGGCCUCUUCAGCACUUCAACAUCGUCUGCUGAAAGAAUUUUUAACUGAAGUCAAUGCUGCCUUCAGUGACCUACUUGUCCACAACAAUGUAAGGUGGCUUAAUAUUACAAGUCAUUUAAAUGUUUUAAAUAUAAAACUACAAGGCAAAAAUCUAACUAUUUUUGACCUUGUGGAAGCAGUGAGGGCUUUUCAGAAGAAAUUAGAGGUUUUUCAAAGUGAUCUAAAAGAGAACUUGCUUCAUUUUCCAAAGCUUGAUGAAUAUAGCCAACAAGAAAAUACCAAAGAAAGUGUAUUCUCCAACCAUGGGGACUUCAUGCAAGGCCUAAUUGACAAUUUUAAAAGUCGCUUCCAAGACUUCACAAUUGGCCAAGAAGUUUUGCUAUGUAUUAAAAAUCCAUAUCUGGUAAAAAACAUUGGGCGUUUUGCUACUGAGGCCCAUCAUGCUUUUACCUGGGCAAAUUCUGCUACCCUACAGAUGGAGCUAAUUGAUCUGCAAGAAGAUGCUGUUUUAAAAGUUCAGUUGAAUGAUUGUGACCCCGUUUUCUUCUGGACAAAACUGGUUAUUCCAGCUAAAUAUCCACUUAUCCAAAAAAUAGCAAUCCAUGUCCUUACUAUGUUUGGUUCUACAUACACUUGUGAAUCUGCAUUCUCCACUAUGAAUCUGGUGAAGAACAGAUACCGCACUCAGAUCACAGAUGAGCAUUUGCACCAGUGUGUUCGAAUGGCAGUCACCCCCUUUGUACCGAAUUUCAAAGGGCUGGUGAAAGAGAAAAAAUGCCAAUUUUCACACUAA